AUGACGUACCCCUGGGAUGUGAGCGAGAAGUACUUUUUCCGAUCAACCGUCGCCUUUUCCAUGAGGAAGUACUGGGAGGAGUCGAGAAAUCAGCUCAUCAGCUUCGAGAUGGAAAAUGUUUAUAUAUUCGAUGAAACAGAAAGGAUCUCCUUUUAUUUCAUUGUUGUGAAUCCAAAGAACCUCUCUGAAAUUAUUCCAAAGGCAGAGGUGUCACAAGCUAUCAGGAAGAACAGGGAGCGGUUUAACAGUGCUUUUCUGUUAAAUGAUAAGACACUUGAGUUUAUUGGCAUUCCGCCAACGCUGGCACCGCAAAAGGAGGCCACUGUGGCAGUGUGGCUGAUCAUCUUUGGCGUUAUCAUUGGCCUGGUUUGCAUUGGAUUAACCAUCCUGAUCAUCGGUGGCAUUCGGGCAAGAAGACACAGAAAAUCAGGUGACGCCGAGGACGAUGAAUUUCAAAAGACCAAAGAUGUACCUGCAGUGGUUUCUGAGGAGAUUGAGUUUGAGAAGGGGAUUAAAAAUCCAGCUUUCACCACAGAUACAUUGAGCACGGAGAUGUAGACUCAACCAAUCCCAGACGUUGCUAAUUGUACUUGGUCUGCCUUUGGAAGUUAUGGAAUUGUGUACUGAAGCUUUUCAUGCAGUUCAAUUACUACAGUUAAUAUCUGGUAACAGAAUUAGCUCAAAUUUUACAAAGUUUUGACUGUUUAGUCCAGACUUACUCAACUUCAAUGAGCCUACACAUUGGUUCCCAAUAAAGAGUACCAUUCCUCUGUGAAGCUGUUAAUCAGGGCCCUCCGAUGCCAAGAGACAAGCAAUUUUAUUGUAAAAUAUUCAGUGUAGACUUCCCAAUAUGUCAUCACAGGUAUUAGCCACUAGUUCCCAUUGGCAGUUCACCUUGAUGUGAACACAGGGAACUAGUACUUUGUAAACCGACAGCAGUGACAGAACAGGAUAUGUAGCUGAUUUCAUGACCAGAGUCAAGAUUAGAGUGGUGCUGGAAAAGCACAGCAGGUCAGGCAGCAUCCGAGGAGCAGCCCGACCUGCUGUGCGUUUCCAGCCCCACUCUAAUCUUGACUCUAAUCUCCAGCAUCUGCAGUACCCACUUCUACCCUGUUGAUUCUCUGACCACCCAGCGACAACCACUGAAUCCUGUCCAUUAUUUGCCUGGAGUCAGGGAGGAUGACAGAAUCUGGCCCACACGACUUCCCUCUCCAGUUUUAUACAGUGAGGAUCAGUAAAGGUGAAUGAAUUCAAGGUCCCUAAAAUGUUCAUUUCUCAAACUAAGGCUGACCCAUGCCAUCAAAUCCAUUGGACACCAUGGAGCGUUGAUUUCAAAUAAUAGACUCCCUUCAUUGUGGCCUAAAUCUGCUGUAAUGCUUCGAGACAAAUAAAGGCAUAAAGGCACCCCA